AUGGAUAACGCAGGGCUAGCGAUGAAAGCUUGUCUUCAAGUCUUACUGCUUUGUUGUUUCGCUCUAGCAAAUGCAAAUGUCGUCAACGGCCUGAAUCCAGAUGGGUUCAUAAGCAUAGACUGCGGAUUAGCAGGAGAAGAUAGCUACUCCGACAACAAUAUAGGCGGCCUAGAUUACUGGCCAGAUGCAGGCUUCCUAGAAUCUGACACCGGCAAUAGCUCCAACAUCCAAAAAAGCUACAUCACAAACGACAUCGACAAGCAUCUAUGGACAGUCCGGAGCUUCCCCUACGGGUCUCGAAACUGCUACGACUUAAGUGGCGGCUCUUCUGAACAGGUGAAAGGGAAGAUGGUGCUGAUUCGAGCCAGUUUCUUGUACGGGAAUUACGACGGGAAGAAUGAUGAGACCCCCAGUUUCGAGCUUCAUCUGGGAGUGGAAGUGUGGGAUCGGGUGGAAUUUGAAGGCCCGUUGGAUGUGGUAAGGAAAGAGAUCGUGCACGUCCCGUCCUCCAAUAUCUUGAAGGUUUGCCUUGUGAACACGGGCCAGGGGACGCCAUUCAUUUCGGCACUUGAGCUACGGCCGCUCGACGUCGACAACGACGACUCCUACCUCACCAAUGCAUCCGUCGCUAUGAAUGUGUCGUUGGUUCGUUUCAAACGGUACAACUUGGGUGCGGAGGAUAAGCAAUCAAUAAUAAGGUACCCAGAUGAUAAGAGAGAUCGGCUAUGGUACCCAUAUGACGCUAGUCCAAAAUUGAUAUCAUUAAGCCCAAUACCAUCAAACCAAAACAAGAAAAUAGCUGAGAAUAGCUUUGAAGUGCCCUACAAAGUCAUGGAAACAGCCCUGUCAAAGGAAAAGGCAGAGGAAAACUUGCCAAUAAUAUCUUGGAAGCCGAACGACCAGACAACGGGUUAUUACGUGUACAUGCAUUUUGCCGAGUUAACGAGUCUGCUACCCAACCAAUCCCGAGAGUUCAACAUUUAUAUGAACGAUAAUGAGCUCUGGUAUAACGUGCCAAUUUCCCCAGCGUAUUUUAGCAUCAACACUAUAUAUUCAACAAGUGCUGAAAGUGAAGCUCAAUGGAAUUUUACCCUCCUCAAGACUCAGAAUUCCACCCUCCCACCGCUCAUUAACGCCAUGGAAAUCUACGUUGUUAAAAGAUUCUUGAAAUCACAAACUCGCGAAACUGAUGUUUGGGAGAUGAACCACCUAACUUAA